GCGACGGCGUGCAGUCUGUGUUAGAAUUAUGGUGCAAGCUGCAGGCCGCGUGUUUGAUGUACUUGUGCCGACCAUACUCCUGACACUACUGUUCGUUGAUCAAGUAAGAACAGCGCAGUGUUCCAUAAUGAUGCAGCCAAAACAUAUAACGCUGUUACAUGCUAUAGAUUUGUAGGAACUUAGUGCAUAUCCUCACACACGAGUCUCCUCUCGUAUCGUAUUCCCUUCGACUUGACGUCGAUCAAUACGUCGGUUUCACGCACAGUUCUGCUAGACAAUGAACUCUUACUCGAUGUACUUUUCAUUCAUACGCUUCUUCUAAACUAUGCGAUGGGGGGCAUGUUUGCUCUCCUCCAAAAUACUGCUGUUCUUUCGGCUGUUGUUACGGAGUAUUUCCGCAAGUGCACUCUCAUUUGUCAGGGAUGAUUAAUUUUCUGAUUUGGACCUACUGGUAUUUAUGGGCAGCAGUACUUUCAGGUUUAGCCUUAGCAGCAAUUUUUGGCUGCUGGCUAUGGAAACGACGUCGCUCUACCAUUAUAGAAGACUGUGGUUCUUCUGACAGAGCAUCUACAGCUCCUUGGUAUCCACCACCACAAUAUAGUCGUUGCAGUUCUUUUGUGCAAGCAUUACCACCUCCUUAUAAUGAAGUUACUGCAAAACCAGAUUUGUAUCCAUUAGUAAUUGGAUAUGAUGAAAAUAAUGGAAAGGGAACAUCAGGAUUUGUAAUGCGGUAUUUUAGAUCUUUAUCUCAUGCAAGCACAUUGGAUUCUUUGAGUUCAAGUUUUAUGUGCAAUGUUGUAAACGAAGCAAACACUAUAAUUCCACCACCGUACUCUUGUAACAACAGUGUUGAUGAAUUAUCAGCAGUUGAAUGUGAAAGAGAAGAAAAUGGAGAUGUUGUAUCAGUUGUUUCAUUGGCUAAUCAUAGAACAACAUCAGACAUAUCGAGUUUAGCAGCUCAAUCACCAUGUUCGCCGCCAAGGGCUACUAGUCCUACAAUAGAGCUACGCGAGUUGCUAGACAAAAUUCAACAGCUUCCACAAUUACCUAAUGGACAUACCACACUUUUGCCUUCUCAAAACCAUCCUCAACUUCUGCAUUCAAAUGUAAAUGGUACUAUACAGCAACGGCCUUUAAGUCCAAACGAUGUUGGAUCAUAUAGAACAAGAAGAAUGCGUGGAAAAAUGUAUAUGCCACUAGGACUGCCAAAUUCAAGAAAUAAAACGAAGCGGUGGCUAUCACGAUCAGCGCCUACGACUCCAUCCGGUACAAUACCUAUGUCCUUUUUACCAGGACAAAGCAGACGGCCAUCAGAAACAGAUAAUAACAAUCAACAAAUAGUUCCUUUGCUAUCGGAGCAGGAUGAAACGGAAAAUAAUAAUGGUGAACAUUUAACUGGUAUUCCACUACUUUCAGAACAAGAAGAAAGCCGUCAAGCUACAUGACGAUAUUUUUGAUUAAUUUAAAAAACAACAUAAAAUGCUCAUAAUUAAUGUUCAAUCAUCCAUGCCCAAAACAUUUAAUUACAUAUUUUUUAAUGUGGUUGGAAAAAAUGUUGUUAUAUAAUGUUAUGCAGGAAAUUAUUUUAGUACUCGUAACAUUUAUCUACUAGCUUCAUUAACAAGAUAUUAUCUAAAUCAUACCAAAGCAAAUGAUAGUGAUGCAAUGUUAUCAUUGCUGUAUGACAGAUAUAUAAAAUUCUUUUUUCUUUUCGACAAAUGCUCUUCAUAUAGCAAGUUAUACAAUUCAAAACUACGCAGUCUAAUGUAUGUUAUAAUGGUAGAUUUUGAAUAGUCAAUAUUUACUACAUAAAUUUUUUUGCCAAUAUACAAACAAUACAUCGAAACUUAUUUUAUAAAAAACAAGGAAAUUAAGAUAUAAGCUACUUUAUUUUCAAGCUAAAUUCUUGGCAAUGCUUGUACAUUUUAAUUGUAGCAAUACAAUAUCCAUCCAUGCAGCCAGCCAGAAAAAAGUUCAGGACAAUAUAAUAAUAAGGUGCAAGUGAGAAAAAAGCAAUGAUAAGUAUCAUUCAAAAGUUAACGUACAAUAUUAAUUCCGUCAGUAGUAGUGAGAAAACUCAUUAUAUUAUCAGUGACUACUAGCAAGCACAAGAUCAUAAUGUACAGAUUGUACACUUUUAUUUAAAUAAUGUCAAAUGUAUGCAAAAAGUGAUUGAUACAAACAAAAGAAUAGAAGUGUUUCCAUAUUGUGCCAUUUGCAAAUUGAAAAUAUUAUCAUAAAUUGUAAUGAACAUUCGUUAAAAAGCAAUUAUAAAGUACUCAAAAUUAUCCCAACAAACACUUUUACUAUAUUGCAUCAUUCAUAUACACAUCAUGUAUUAACAUGUAUUUUUUUAUAAUGUCAAAUAUGAAUAAAUACAAGCUUUUACGAAA